ACCAUGACCUGGCAAGAGAUUGCACAACAGAAGAGAGACUCUGUCAAUUCUCAGAUUCCUAAAGAGUGGCUGUUUGAAGAGAAGCCAACAGAUGUGAGAAAUGCAUACGAAUACCUGAAUUCUGUCUUACCUGCGGAAGAGACAGCGAUAGUUCACAAGUCAUUGUUAGAAUUGCAAAGGGAAAUCAAGGAUAAGACACUGACUUCGUAUGAGAUUACAAAGGCCUUUUGUCAUAGAGCAGCUCUGGCGCAUCAAUUGAUCAAUUGCUGCUCCGAGAUCUUCUUUGAUAGGGCCUUUGCUCGUGCAAAGGAAUUGGACGAGUACUAUGAGACUACCGGAGAGUUGAAAGGCCCAUUGCAUGGCCUACCAAUCUCCUUGAAGGACCAGAUCAAUCUGGAAGGGUUGGAUUCCUCCAUUGGCUACGUCUCAUUGGCCUUCCAUCCAAAGAGCAAAGAUGACACUUCGGUAAUUGCAGAGAUCCUCUACGAUGCAGGAGCCGUGUUCUACGUGAAAACUGCAGUGCCAAUGGCCAUGAUGGCUGCUGACACCUUUUCAAACUUGCACGGGCAAACGUUGAAUGCUUUUAACAACAAACUAUCCCCUGGAGGCUCUUCUGGAGGUGAGUCCUCGUUGAUCGGGUGUCGUGGCUCUCUCAUUGGUCUAUCCACUGAUAUUGGGGGUUCGAUCAGAAUCCCUGCCACAUUCCAAGGGUUGUUUGCCAUUAGAGCAUCUACUGGCAGAUUGCCAUACUGCAAAGUGACGAAUUCAUAUGCUUAUCAGCCAAUCGUUCCCUCUGUUAUUGGCCCAUCUGCUCAAAAUUUGCAAGAUCUGGAGUUCUUUGUGAAGCUGAUUAUCGAUUCGAAACCAUGGCUUAAGGACCCUAAAUGUCCACCAAUCGAAUGGAGACAGGUUGAAUUGCCAAAGAAGUUGACGAUUGGUAUCAUGAAGAACAAUGGCGUGAUUACACCGCACCCACCUGUUCAACGUGGUUUGGAACUGCUUGCUGAGAAGCUAAAGAAAGCAGGCCACGAGGUUAUUGAAUGGGAGCAUCCAAUCCCUGCGCAGACACUCAAGGACAAUUUGUUAGAGAUCUUAACAGCAGAUGGCUAUAGAGAGACAAAGAAUGAAAUUGCAAAGACUGGAGAACCACCUAUCCCACAGUUCCUGGGUUAUGAAGACGAUUUGAAAGAGUUGACAGUUACUGAGCACUGGCAACAAGCAAAGAUCAAAUACGAGUGUCAACAGGCUUACGAUAAGGCUUGGCUGUCGACAAGUGGUCCAAGUGGAGGACGCAUGGAUUGUUUCAUAUCACCAGCUUGGGAAUCCACAUCUUAUCCUGCUGGUGAAGCAAAGAUAUACCAUUGCUCCUAUACAUACCCUGCCAACUACUUAGACUACACAAGUGUUAUCAUCCCAGUCACCAAAGUCUCUGAAGAGGAUAAUGUGGAGGCUGUGUAUGAGCCAUUGAACGAUUUUGACCAAGAGACGAAAGAGUUGUGGGACUACAAGUUGUUCGAAGGAAUGCCUGUGUGUGCGCAGAUAUACUGUAUGCGUUAUGAGGAAGAGAAGGCCAUUAAGAUCGCAGACAUUGUCACUGAGGCCUUGAAGCAAUGAGCGAGCCUUUACUCUUUAGCUAGUUAAGUAAG